UCGAUGCGCGGCCCGACCUGGCUCCUACGACAUGUAGAACCGCCGAAGCUGCUGUCGCGCAGCCAAAGAUCGUUCGGCGUGCCAUGGCAAAAUCCCCGUUCACUCUCAUGGACCAGGCCCAUCGCCACAUCCCCAACAAGUCAUCAGAAUGAGGACAAGAAGGUGUCCCUGAGACCGUAUCAGGAGAAUGCCAUACAGUCCGUUCUCGGCUACCUGGCCAAAGGUGGCAAGAGAGCAGGCUUGUCUCUGGCGACCGGCAGUGGCAAGACCGUCAUCUUCAGUCAUCUGAUCAGUCGAGUGCCGCCUCCCACGCAAGAUGCCACGCAAACCCUGAUUCUUGCCCACCGACAGGAGCUCGUCGAGCAAGCCGCUCGGCACUGUCGAGCAUUGUACCCCGAUCAGACGGUGGAGAUCGAGAUGGCGGCCAGACACGCCACCGGCCUUGCCCAUAUCACAGUGGCAUCAGUGCAGAGUCUGACACGUGGUGAUCGGCUAUCACGAUAUGACCCACAACGAUUCAAGAUGUUGCUGGUCGACGAAGCCCAUCACAGCGCUGCAGCAGGCUAUCUCGACAUCUUGAACCACUUUGGCCUCUUGAAUGCGCCACAUGUCGGUCCCGCAUGUUUGGUGGGAGUAUCGGCGACCUUUUCCCGGCACGAUGGUAUGAGACUUGGCAAAGCGUUCGACGACAUUGUGUACCACCAAGACUACAUGGAUAUGAUUCAAGACGAAUGGCUAUCGCCUUUGAUUCUCACAACGGUUCAGUCCGGAGUCAAGCUGGACAAUGUCAAACAAUCGGCAGAUGACUUCCACAUUGGCGCUCUAUCCAAGGCUGUGAAUAACGAUAAGACGAAUGCGGUGACUGUGGGGGCAUGGAUGGCCAAAGCACAAGGGAGAAAGUCGACUCUGGUCUUCUGUGUCGACCUCUCGCACGUUGCCUCACUGACAGCAAUGUUCCGCGCACACGGUGUGGACGCUCGCUUCGUCACGAGCGACACGACCAAAAAGGUCCGAUCCGAACGGCUGGAGGCGUUCAAGAAUGGCGAGUAUCCCGUGCUGGUUAAUUGCGGUAUAUAUACCGAGGGGACGGACAUUCCCAACAUCGAUUGCGUCCUUUUGGCCAGACCGACACAGUCACGCAAUUUAUUGGUUCAGAUGAUCGGGCGAGGACUGCGGAAGCACCCUGGCAAAGUCAAUUGCCAUGUGAUUGAUAUGGUGGCAUCUUUGGAAACGGGAAUUGUGACGUCGCCGACACUGUAUGGCCUGGACCCGGACGAACUCGUGCAGGAGGCCGAUGGUAGAGACUUGCAGAUACUGAAAGACAAACGCCAACGAGAGCAAGAGCGAGAAGCACAAGUACUAGGCACGCUGUCACCCAGCGGCCAAGUACCCGAGCUUUCCGGCGAGAUCACAUUCACAGACUACGACAGUGUCAACGACUUGAUUGACGACGCGGCGGGCGAGCGCCACAUUCGACAGAUCUCUCGCUAUGCCUGGGUGCAAAUCGACGAAUCCAAGUACAUCCUUUCCACCCAAGAUGGCAGUUUCCUGCGAAUCCAGCGCGACGAAGAGCAUCCCGAGCAAUUCAUCGUCACUUAUACCAGAAAGAUACAGACAUCCGACGCGAAGAACAAGAAAGUCCUUGCGCGUCCCAAACCCAUUGCCAAAGCAAUCACGUUCGAAGACGCCGUCCACGCGGCAGACACGUUUGCGAGCACGACCUUUCCGUCCGUGUUUGUGUCCACAUCGGCAGCAUGGAGGCGAUCGAAUGCAACGAAUGCGCAAAUCGACUUUUUGAACACGAGCCGCGGCGCGGAUGAGAAGCUGGCAUAUGGAUCCCUCAGCAAGGGUCGUGCGGGCGACAUGAUUACCAAGUUGCGGCAUGGCGCAAGAGGAGCGUUCAAGCGGUACGCGGCCAAGAGUCGGGCGGCACAGAGGAAGGCGAAGAAGACGGAGCAGUGGCGCUCGAAGCUGGAGAAGAGUCGGGUCCAGGUUGGUCGUGUCGUGUGAGCUGAGGCACCUCCUAUGGCUCUCCAUGAGCUGGCACGUGCUCGUAGGAGUGGAGCUCGUGCCAAUUGCCGAUAGGAGGGAGAAGCGAUACCUCCUACUUGAUACCUUUUACAAUGUGACUGUGGCGUGCAUUGAAACCUUGACCCGCCAAUUCUGCCGUUCACGGUGGCUGGGGCUGGGCUGGGCUGGGCUAGGUGGAUAGGUAGGCUGCGUUGCUCUCUCAACCAAAAAUCUUUCUUGUUUUCUCUACCUACCUGACUUGCG